AUGCGGGAGGAGGAGUGGCUGAUGGUGCUUGACGGCUUCAACGACGGCGACGCCCUCGUGUCGACCAGCCCGGGCUCUGGCCACGAGCCGAGGAAUCUUCACACCUUCCUGCCAAAGUUCUCGGACAGCCGGAGGCUGCUGGUCACCACCGUCAACAGGACGGUGGUGAACCGCCUCGUUAAGGAAAAGUACGUCCUCGGGGUCGGCGACCUGAGCGAAGACGACGCUUCGCGGCUCCUCCUCGGGCGAGUCACAAAAGACCCGGUCCGCAAGAAGCGGAUCAACAACAUCAUCGGCAUUGUGGGCGACUCUGCCGGCGCUCUCGAGCUCGUACGGCUCUUUGGUAAACUCGCCAACAAGGCCGUCUGCUCCUCUGAGAUGCUCGACACGCUACGCAAGCAGAGCAAGGGCGGCACCGGAGACGAGCAGACUCCCAAGCCAGCCUGGGACCUGCUCUUCGGGCAUUUGAAGUCGAAGAACGCCGACACGGCAUACUGGCUGCACGUCAUCGGACUGCUGGACAUCCAGAUGAUCCCCAGCAUCUUCUUUUCGGCAAACGACAAGAAGGGGCGGCUCAGGGAGCUCGUCGACGUCGGCCUCGUCGAAGCGGCCGACGGACGGGGGUUCUACCGGAUCCUCACCUUCUUUCGUCAGUGUCUGCGGUCUUCCCUCUCCGAGAAGCACCGGCAGAAUGCCGAGGGCGCCGCUCUGCAGUCGGUGAAGAUGCGGUUCGUCGACGACGACCGCGGCGCUCUUCUCCCAGUCGCCCUCGCCGCUCUGAGGCUGGAGCCGAGCCGCGCAGAGACACGGCGGCAACAAGAGGCUCUGCGCGAAGAUGUUGCGGUCUACCGACGGCAACGGCAGAGCAGCCUGAGCCCGGGCAUCGGAUACCUUGCCGCCGACGAUGAUCAUAGACGGUCUUCCGUCCCCCUGGUACUCGGCAAUCGCACCAUGAAGGCCAUCGAGGCAGCCCCGCCCGUUCAAGACAUAUUCGGUCUUCCGUUUCCCACCAAACGCGGCCUGUCUGAGGGCCACGGCGCCGUCCAAACUCCACCACUGCUCCUCCCCACGAGACGACAAACAGGCCCGGAGUGGGAGAAGAAGCUCACCGAGCUGCGGAGAGACAGCGACACCGCGGUCCGCCUUCUGACGGAGGAGCACCCGAACAAGGGGUCCGAGGAUGCCACGGCCAUCUACCGGCGCGUGAUAGACGGGUACUCGGCCGAGCCGCACGAGUACCUCAAGCUGGCGGGGCUGCAGUACAACCUGGCCAUCGCACAAGGGUCCAAGGGCAUGGUCGACGACGCCGCCGCGACGUUCCGCCAGGCGCUGCAGACCAUCCUGUCGGGCGACUCCUCCUCGCGGACGCGGAACCCGGAGGCGAGGAGGCGGUACUACCGCAUCUACACCGACCUCGCGAGCCUACUCAUCGUGGGCAUUAUGAAAUUCUGA